AUGGCUGGAUCCAAGUACUUGAUCACCGCAGUCCUUCUGCAGGUCAUUAUUGGCAGCCGGGCUGCUCCUCAGGCUACUCCUGUUGCUGGCGCUGCCGCGCCUCCGGCUACCUUCACAGCCAACCCAGAUGUCGGCCCCGGCGGUAGCACUUUCAAGGACUCGGCUCACUUCCGCGUCUAUGGAAACGCCAACGCCGCGGACGAAGCCCUUGCCAUGCUCGAAGGGGCCUUCAGUUGCUUUGUUGAGACUCUCAACUUCAGAUCCACCGGCCUGUCGUAUAACCCUGGAUCCGACGACGGCCCCUACUACAAGACCAACAUUUACUCCGUGCCCGCUCUCGGCGGAGGCGCUGCCGGUGUCAUGCAUUCAGAUCCUGAGCGUGGUCUGGGUUAUGUCGAGGUCCUGCACAAUUUCCUGACCAAUCCUGGCGUCACGAUCCACGAAUACGGCCACGCCCUGCACUAUCACCAGCGCACUUGGGUGCACCAGAGCCGUACCGGCGCCUGGUGGGAGACCUUUGCAACUGGUUCGCCGAACACGUACAAGACGUCCGAACUCUGCGCCGAUGCUCGCAUCCAGAAUGGCCAGUCGCUUCGCAGACGGAGAUCAAUCUCAAAAGACCAUCGGCGACUCCUUCCAAGUUCUUGUCGACGGCACCGCCGGCUCCGGAAUUACUACGAGGCCUGGCCUUCUUCACCUACCUCACGAACAACCCUGACGAAGAACAGCGACGAGACGCCCCUCCACACCCUCGGCCGCGUGUCCACGAACACCCCAGUGAGCGCCAUCGUCGGCCGCUACUGGGCCCGCAUGCCCUACGUUGACAUUGGCCACCCGUCCGCCCAGGAGGUCUUCCUUGCCCAGCGCCGCAGCCUGAACUACGCCAACGUCGACGCGAGCGGCACCAACAGGUACACCGUCAAGGCCGCGCGCGCUCCCAAGUACAUGGGUGCCAACAUCAUCCCUCUGACCACGUCCGGCGCCGGUACCGUCUCCGUAAACAUCUCCGCCACCGGCGCUUACACUGCCACGCUCGUCGUCUACAGCGGCUCGGCUGGCACGCGCUACGUCGUCGUCGACGGGUACCGGCUCUGUGGCCGUGAAGCCGGUGAGGAAGUCAGCCUCGUGAUCGCGAACACGCCCGAAGACUUGGUUCUGUUCGACCCUUUCAAGCUGAGCAGCGAGGUGUCGCAGGGGUUGAGCUACUCCUUCACCGUCACUGGUGCCACAGCUUAG